UCAAGUACACCUUUAUCGUCGAUCAUCAUUGAUCAACAGUACCUGGAAUUGCGUGAUCUGGAUGGCUGUGCUAGGGCAAUAUUUAUUUGACACAUAGAGCGGGUGCAACACCCAAAAGCCGGCUGAGGCGAUUUCAAAUCAGUCAAGUCUUGGCACAAUGGCUGCAGUAGCCACCCACGACGCGUCUCUCCAGGCGGCGACGAUUGAUAGAUUUGUCGAGGGAUGGAAAAUCAACUCUGGUGAAGCCUGGACAGAAUUGUGGGCGGACGGCUGUACAAACACGAUUCUACCAUUUUCGCUCAAUUGCACACCCAUGUCCAAAUCCGAUGUCAUUCGAUCCAAACACUUUAGCAAUAUUUCAAAUUGGAAGUUGGAGGUCUACGAAAUCCUACACGACACGGCCAAGGGAAAAUCUGCCAUCUACGCAACAUCAAGUGCAGAUACGCGUUUUGGCGACUUUAAAUGGGCGCAAGAGUAUGCGGCCUUUAUCACAUUGACUGAGGACAGGAUGAAGAUUGGGCACAUUACGGAAAUGGUGGACACAGCAUUUUUUGCCGAGAUGGGAAGGCAGAGUGCGAAAUUCGCCGCCGCAGGAUCCAAAUGAAUAACAUAGACGAAUAAAUAAAUAGGCACUGAUUUCCUCGC